UCUACCCGGUUGCUGUUCUUCUUACACGAAAGCUCGUCUCCAUCAAUCUCAUACAGCCAGUGCUAGUCAUGUCUACCACCGCCCGUCGCCGCCUCAUUCGUGAUUUCAAACGUUUGUCGACCGACCCUCCUGGCGGUAUCUCUGGGAGCCCUUGCCCGGACAAUAUUAUGCUUUGGAAUGCCGUUAUUUUCGGACCUGCUGAUACGCCAUUUGAGGACGGAACGUUCAAGCUGUUAUUGACGUUUGAUGAGAGUUACCCGAACAAACCACCGACCGUGAAGUUCCUCUCGCGCAUGUUCCAUCCUAACGUAUACGCCAAUGGCGAGCUGUGUCUGGACAUUCUUCAAAAUCGUUGGAGCCCGACGUAUGACGUGGCUGCAAUUCUUACCAGUAUUCAGAGCCUUCUCCAUGAUCCGAAUCCGAAUAGUCCUGCAAAUGCCGAGGCUGCACAAUUAUACCGUGAAAAUCUCAAGGAAUACGUGAGACGUGUGAAGGCGACCGUGGAGGAGUCAUGGAUGGAUCCCGGCGACGAAGACGUUGAGGAAGAUGCUGGUGAUGGCUCUCCUUGAGUAUGAUCCUUUUGUUUUCCAUUAUUAGUCCUCUUUCAACAUCGUUUCUUUCGAUUUUUGUAAAAUAUUUGUUUUGUUAACCGCAUUUAGUGGUUACACCUUCGGGUCACCGGAUCUUCAUCUGCAUGAUAACUGACCAGGAGUUGGUUGUUGCAUGCCGCUGUUGAACACGAUUAUUUUUCUUGAAAAAACCAACCCGCUUUCUCAAAUUUUCAUCUUAUUUCCGCAGAGCCAUCGUGCGCUCUUCGCCGAAACACUCAAACUUUAUCCUAGCUCUGAAUACCCAACCGCGAUAGCUGUCUACCGUGUAUUUUUCUCACCAC